GCUCGAUAUCGAAUCGCUGGCUGAAGCCGUGAACGCAGGCUCGGAGAAAAGUUCUCUUUCGGAACGUAUAUAGUAUUCCCUGGUUAAUCGCGUAAACAGGUGUUUCGAGGCUUUUCUCGGGAAACCGAGGAUUUUCAAUUCGUGAAAGAAGGCGACAGAAUCACGAGGCACAAUGUUCCUGCCCACCUUUGCAGUCUCGGCGCUACACUUCCUGCACUUUAUUAUCCGUCCCCUGAUCGCGCUCAUACACAUCAGGAGAAAGCCCCCAUUGCCACCGAUCACCAAUGGUGUAUUAAAAAUGAGCGCGACCACAUUAGCCAAGAAGAUCAGAGAUGGAGAGCUUUCCUGCCUGACGGUGGUGCAGUCGUACGUCGAUCGCAUCAGGGAAGUGAAUCCGUUUCUAAACGCGGUGAUCGAGGACCGGUUCCAGGCGGCUCUCGAGGAGGCGAAAAUCUGCGACUCGAAGCUAAAAGCAGGCGAGGUUAACGCGUCGAUGCUGGAAAAGGAGAAACCGCUGUACGGUGUGCCAAUCACCGUUAAAGAGAGCCUGGCCCUUAAAGGAAUGAGUUCCACGGCGGGCAACGUGAACAGGAAAGAAGCGAAAGCUUCGGAAACACCGGUCGUUAUCCAAACGUUAAUGGACGCCGGAGCGAUACCCCUGUGCGUUACCAACACCUCGGAAUUCUCCACGUCGAUUCACACCACGAACUUUCUACACGGCCGUACAGGAAAUUCGUACGACACGAGGAAAUCGCCUGGCGGAUCAUCGGGCGGAGAGGGAGCGCUAAUUGGCGCUGCAGCGUCAGUGCUUGGUAUGGGCUCAGAUAUGAUCGGAUCUAUAAGAAUACCGAGCCACUUUAACGGGAUAUUUGGUCACAAACCUACAUCAGGAAUACUGUCCAUCCAAGGACAUUUUCCCAACUGCGACGACCCGGAGUUCCAAAAUAUGCUGGUGCUAGGUCCGAUGGCGAGGUACGCAGAGGACCUGCACCUGGCCAUGAAAGUGCUCACCUCGAAAUACGAACGACCGUUGCGGCUGGACGAGCCGGUGGACGUGAAGUCCCUCAGAGUAUUCUACGUGGACAAUUUCGACAGUUUUUGCGGUAUACACUCCACUACGUCAGACAUAAGACAAAAGAUUAAGGAAGGGACGCGUUACCUGGCGGAGAACGGUGCACGCGUGGAACACUUGUCGCAGGAAUGGGUGAGCAAAAUGCACGUCUGCUUGAUGGGUUGCUGCGGCCAUAUCAAGGUGCCUGACAGUAUUUUGGAAGCUCAAAAUCCUGGGGGUAAAAGGAGACCGAUCCUCGAAAUGAUAAAGGCUUUGUUCGGAUUGUCACGAUGCACGAUCCAUUUGGCGCUUGUAGUAUUCACGUCGUACCUGCACGGAUUCAUUCCUCUCUCCAAAUUAGACGGAGUCACAAAAACAAAGGAGAAUCUUCGUCGUAAAUUCAAUACUCUACUGGGCAGCGACGCGGUGUUUAUAUACCCGACAUUUCCACAGCCGACAUCCUAUCCAGAAAUAAUAUUCUUACAAACCGAUUCGUCCGUCUAUGUGGCAUUAGCUAAUAUGUUGCACUUGCCAUCGACGCACGUGCCAAUGGGAUUGAACAGAGACGGAUUACCGAUUGGAUUGCAGGUGACGGCUGCCUCCCAUCAGGAUCGUCUUUGUCUAGCAGUUGCCAGAGAAUUAGAAAAAGCAUUUGGUGGCUGGACACCACCCCCAAGCUAAAUUAACUUUUCCCUGACAUUGUCUCUUUUACACAACUGAAGAGGGACAAUUUGUAUUAUAUCAUUGUUAAAAUAACGGUCCAAUUCUCUAAUAAACCCAAUGUUUCGUUUACUGGGUUUUGAAUGUAUAAUAGACGGUCAUAAAACUCAGGUAAUAUUGGUGACCAUUUACGUGUACGCACGUACCGUUAGGCCUUA